AUGUGUCCCCCAGCUGACCAGACCAACGGUGACCAACCUGCUACGACCAACGGCCACUCGAUAGAAGAAACCCAUGUCCCAAUCGACUCACAGCCUGCCCAAGAAAACACCAAACAACACAACCCAUACGGCCCUAGACUGUCUGACUUUUUGAGCAACACUUCCAACUUUUCAAUCAUCGAAUCCACCUUGAGAGAAGGAGAGCAAUUUGCCAACGCUUUCUUUGAUACCGAAACGAAAAUCAAGAUUGCCCAAGCAUUAUCAGAUUUUGGAGUAGAAUAUAUCGAAUUGACCAGUCCCGCUGCAUCCGAGCAAUCCAGACAAGAUUGUGAAAAGAUUUGCAAGUUGGGACUCAAGAGUAAAAUUUUAACUCACAUUCGAUGUCACAUGGACGAUGCCAGAAUCGCUGUGGAAACAGGGGUCGAUGGAGUCGAUGUAGUAAUUGGAACAUCGUCAUUUUUACGCAAAUAUUCACACGGGAAGGAUAUGACUUAUAUCUUGAAAACCGCUGUCGAGGUGAUCGAAUUUGUCAAAUCGAAGGGAAUUGAAGUCCGAUUUUCAUCCGAAGACAGCUUUAGAUCGGACCUGGUUGAUCUUCUCAGUAUCUACAGGGCAGUCGAUAAAGUUGGCGUCAACCGAGUCGGAAUUGCUGAUACAGUGGGCUGCGCCAAUCCUCGUCAAGUUUAUGAUCUCGUCAGAACUUUGAGAGGCGUCGUCGGUUGUGAUAUUGAGUGUCACUUCCACGAUGACACCGGAUGUUCCGUUGCAAAUGCCUUUUGUGCCUUGGAAGCUGGUGCCACGCAUGUUGACACUUCAGUGUUGGGAAUUGGCGAAAGAAAUGGAAUUACUCCCCUCGGUGCACUAAUCGCCAGGAUGUACGUAGUGAACCCUGAAUACAUUAAAAAGAAGUACAACCUCGCAGCCCUGAGAGAGGUAGAAAACCUGGUUGCACAGGCAGUCGGCAUUCAGGUGCCAUUUAACAACCACAUCACUGGAUUCUGCGCCUUUACCCACAAGGCCGGUAUCCAUGCCAAAGCGAUCUUAGCUAAUCCCAACACGUACGAAAUCUUGAAACCCGAAGACUUUGGUAUGACUCGUUACGUUCCGAUCGGCCAUCGUUUGGUUGGCUGGAACUCAGUCAAAAGCCGUGCGGAGCAACUUGGACUUCAGCUAACUGAUGAACAAGUCAAAGAUGUCACGGCCAAGUUGAAAGCACUGGCUGACGUCAAAACACAGACGAGUGAAGAUGUUGAUGUUUUGCUACGAGUUUACCACUCACACAUCACGGCCGGAACUCUCAGCAUCGGACAACACAACACACUCGAUGAGUUGUUGGAGGAACACAAGGGUCAGAACGGCUCUUUGAAACACGCCCCUUCAGGUGAUAUUGAUGUUCAAAACAAGAGAGCUAAGGUCGAAGCUGCCUGA